CAAUAUCUCGUCGUCCACCUCCAGGAAGGCCGUCUCGAACUCACUAUUCCAAGGAAGCAUGAGUGGAAGUGGCUAGAAUCGCGCCUGUUCCAUCACCAACGGUCCUCGUGCCUCAGCUGUCUCUAAUUUUGCGCAAGCUGAGUCAUCAGCCGUACAAAAGGUUUUAAAUACCUGUUUGGCGUGGGCUUGAACAUGUUGUAGGGGGGCAAAUCUUCCAGGCAAAGCCGGCGUGCUUCUGUGGCUCUGAUGGCAAGGGAAAGGGAGGCUCAUAUAUCAAUUGGACAGACACAACACUCCACACCUAACUUCAUUACACUUCACGUCCGCCAUCAUUCCUCUCGAAGGUGAUCAAUUGCAUAUGCCUGAACAGUCCAAGAAGAGAAAUACUUCAGCAAACGUUCCGGAGCACGUCUUUAUAGACCAAGGUCCGGAGUCGUUUCGCAGAGACAAAUCCAAGUUGGUAUCCAGUCAAGCACGGCGAUUUCAAAGCGCAGGGAAACGCCAACAGCAAAGACUCUCAGCAAAGCAAGAUGCUGGAUAUGCUCGGAGCUUGGUUGGCUGGAGGUCAACGUCAUCCACGCCCUCAGCCGAAAAUCAGGGAAGGACAUCAUCACUGAAAAGCACGACGCCUGACGAACAAUCAACCGAGCCAGGCGAGUCGGACGAGACACAGAUGAGCCUGGCCCUCCAGACUGGACUGCGAACGGAUCCUUUCAGCGCCUUUCCGGGGUCCAAUACGAAGGAAGUGAUGUUCAUGGUCGACUAUCAUAUCCAUGUGUGGGCUCCUCACAAAGCUGGCAAUUUCGACCAUCUGAUGGGUUACAACACACAACUCGACCUAUGCUGGCCGCUUGCGCUCCAAGAUACCAUGCUGUUUGACGCGACUGUAGCCGUUAGCCAAACGGCAUGUGUCCUGGCUCAGGGCAAUAGUCCAUCGGAAGACCCGCUGAUGCUGUAUCAUCGUGGCCUCGCAAUGACGAGGUUGCGACGAAGAGUAUCUUCCGGCGACAACGGGCCCGACGAAGCUGUCAUCUUUACGAUCGGCCGCAUGAUUAGCAUUGCUUACAUGUCGAGCGAGGCAGAGGCCUUCGUCGCCCAUUUCGAAGCCUUCCAAAACAUCGCACAGCGGUACAUCGACGACCACCCAAAUAGUGCCGUUGCUCGAGUGGUCCAGAACCGGUUAGAAAGCUGGAAAGCCCUGCACGGCUACCGGAAUCGAAAGAUUCUCCUUCGCGACCAGAGCAACCCAUCAGAACCAACGAGCAGCGAGUCGCAGUCCAGACGAAGCACUCCGCCGAAACGCCAUAUGCGCGCCCAAUCCCCAACGUUGCUCUCUGGGCUCGAUCUUUCAGUUGACCUUGCCGCCUCGCUGAAUUCCAUGAACCGAUUGUUAGAUCGACUGCAGACAUUUCAAAGCCUUACGGUGCAGAGUAAACGGGCCCUGGAUCUUAUCGAACAGUGCCGCCAGUUCGGCCAGAUUCUGAAAGGGUGCGACAACCUCAGUCCAACAGAGCUGCAGCUAUGCUGUGCGCUCGUCGCCUUUUGUCUACAACUCUACCGUCACCAUAUCGGCGGUGGUCUCGAGACACCGGCAGAGCAGCGCCAUGCCUCUGAGCGGUUUGACUUCUUGCCAGCCCUGUCGGACAUUGCCAGCACAUUCAUCAACAAGCAGCUGGAAGGCUUCUCCGAGUCCGCCGAGCAGAGGAUGUGCCUGACGUGGUCGGCCAUCGUGCUGGGGAGUUUCCUGCUCCGACACCCGGACAACCGACUUCGCACCAAAGGCCAUAUCGUCCAUGUGAACCUCGGCCUCCACCUCGGCAAGGGUCUGUUCGGCGGGCGGCCUUGGCCUUCCGGCAGUCCCUCUCUCCUCGCCGACGAGGACAGUGGCUGGACCGACAUCGAAUCCGCCCUCAGCGGGCCCGCAAAAAUGGGCAGUCUCUGGCACCCAGACCUUGCGCGGCAAUGGCGCCGGGACUGGCAAGGGUCUGUCAAAAGGCAGAGACGGUGGGAACAGCAGGGUGUCUGGAUGCUGGGGGCACCGAAGAGAUUACCUGCGCCAGAGGGCGGGAGGAGUCCCGGUGGUAAGGGCAAAGGGGUCGCGGGGAAGACGACGACGGCGACGACGGCGACGACAAAGAGGACCGCGCACACGCCGUUUCCUGUGCUAUCGCUGGAUCUGAACGGUGAGGUCGAUGUUAUCGAGUAUCUUGUCUUGAGGGAAGCGAGGGACUCGCUGCCCAGAGUCGAAUAAUCGCGCACAGCAGGGGGAGAGGGAAGCCCACAGCCAAGUCGCUUGUACAUUAUUAUACGUCGGGAUGGUUAAUGAGCACGGGGAAUUCGAGUAUGGCCUUUGAGGAGUGAACCUUUCGGGUGACCACCGACUAACUAUUCUCUAACUCCCUCUCGAUGGUGCCUUGAUAUCACUGCAGUGACCAGGCCACUCGAUACGAUAUGAUAUGACUUGUCCCAAGCCCCUUUGUAUAGGACA